UCAGAAACUCCAACUGUAGGGAGGGUUAGAAGACCACCACCAUAUCUGGGAGAUUAUGUCACAUGUGAUGAUUUAACUGAUGAAGAUGCAAUGAAUUUUGCUAUGUUUGUAGGAGUUAAGUGGAUUUUCAAGACUAAGUUGAAAGAGACGGGGGAGAUUGAAAAAUUCAAGGCUAGACUUGUAGCAAAAGGAUACACUCAAGAGGAAGGCAUGGAUUACAGCGAGAUCUUGGCGCCGGUAGCUCGUCUUGAAACCAUCAGAACUGUUGUUGCAUUGGCAGCUACAAAAAAAUGGAAUAUUCAUCAGCUUGAUAUUAAAUCAGCUUUUUUACAUGGAGCAAUUAAUGAAGAUGUCUACCUAGAGCAGCCACCAGGUUAUGUAUUUCAAGGACGUGAGCAUCAAGUAUACAAACUUAAGAAGGCAUUAUAUGGUCUUAAGCAGGCUCCUAGAGCCUGGUACAACAGAUGA